AUGGCAUCAGACCAGCUCUCCGUUGGCCUCGAUUACCUCACCGAUGCAGCCCAUAUCCUACGACAGACGGCCCCAGAGACAUCCGCGCAUCUGAUGCUGCAGCGCAAUGAACUCAUGUUCCACAAUCAUCUGGCUCAGCAUGAAGUGCAGCGUCAAUAUGUUUGCGGCGCCUGUGGACAUAUAAUGAUUCCCGGGGAUAAUACAGCAUUGGUGCUUGAGGCUCGUCAACCACUCAAUCUACGGAAACGAACUGCCUCGACAAAAGGCAAAGAGCAGCCAAAGUCUGCCGCGUCAGGAUCGAAAGGACCAACAAAAACCAUCACGUGUGGGCACUGCAGUCGAGUCACCAAUAUCAGCCUUCCGGCGCCCGAAGCCGUGACGCACCGAAGGACAACCAGAGCGUCUGCUAUCAAGAAGACAUUACCGGUUGAGUCACAGAAUCAGAAGACGACAGCAAAUGCAAGUAGCAAGAAGAGGGCUAAGAAUCGGAAAGGCGGACUUCAGGCGUUGCUCUCUGGGCAGCAGCAGAAAUCGACAAACUCGCUGUCGCUAGCGGAUUUCAUGAGAUGA